CUUUUUUCUUCUCUCUGCAGUAAACAAACAAAACAACGUACAACAAUGGUUUCUUCUUCUUCUUCUUCUUCAAUGUUGUCGGUGAGGAACCGCAAGUGUUUCAAGCCCUCGCUCUCUUCCGUAUCAAAGAAGACAACAAAUCUUGCUUUGAGAGAAAAGACCAUGUUUAAGAAAGCCUCCGAGCUCUCGAUCCUUUGUGAUGUCGAACUCUGUGUGAUAUACUACAACCGUGACGGAGAACUCGUCGGGACAUGGCCGGAAGAUCAAUCCAAGGUUCGAGACAUGGCAGAGAGAUACAGCAAACUCAACGAUAGCGAGAGACGCAAGAAAAGCACAAACCUUUCUCAGUUUCUGAAUAAGAAGACCGACAAGAAGACAUCUUUAGAUAUCAAUGACAAGAGAUUCUCUGAGAAACUUUUGGAGAUGGAGGCUUCCUUAGAGAGUAAUCUACGGGUGUUACAAGAUCAGCAUCUUCGGGUGUUACAGAACCAGACAGAACAACCCGAUCAGAACCCUUUGGUGUCUUCCGCCGGCUUCUUCACAACAUUGAUGAGCGGUGGUGUGUCAAAAACAGAGCAAUACCUAUCGACGCCUUCAUCGACUCAACAACUUCCUCCUCUGAUGAUGCAGACACCACUUGUCCACUUUGAUGAUCAGUUGUUUGCCGAGUGGAAUCCGUCGUCUUUUUCUUUUGCAGAAGAUCCAUCAUUGAUGUUCUCUUCUUUUGCAGAAGAUCCAUCAUUGAUGUUCUCUUCUUUUUACCAUUGAAGUCUUUGAAUAGGUCAACCGUUUAUUAUUUUCUAUUAUGUAUGAUUGAUUACGAAGUUAGAUUAUGAUGAGUUUAACUCUGUUAGCAAGCAAAAAGUCUCUUCUUAGCUUGUGGCCGAUUUAGAUAUAUUUAGGGUUUGUUAUGAAUUUUUGUAUCAUCCUUUGAAUUGUAUGUUUUGCCAAUUGUAUGAAUGUAUU